AUGCUAUCCGAUUUUAAUGAGUAUACUUCUGAAUUGCUCAAAGGCCUUACGGAUAAUAAAAAGAAAAAUCAAGCACAAAGACGCCUUCGAGAUAGGUUCAAAUUUAGCGAUGCACAGUUUCAACAAAUUCAGACUCAGUGGUACCACCGCAGAGCAAGGGAACUUACAUGCCAAAAACCAUUAAAGAGCUCUUUCGGCUUCGACGAGAAUUACGAUAUUAAGACAUUGCCUGAUUUGCAAGCUCUUGCUAAUGUUAUGAUAAUGCUUUGUAUGCGUCCCGCUGAAGUUACUACUUUACGCAUUACAGAUGCCGGCGUAACGGAUUAUGCAAAGAACAGGGGUCAGCCAGACGAUUUACGAAAUGCUAUAUCAUCUGGGAAACUCGAAAAUCCUGGGAAACUCGAAAAUCCAGUAUACGCUAUAGUAGCACAUGGAGCCAAAAGCCUAGCUCACCACGCCAUGACAAUUGCCCAAGAAGCAUUAAGACAUUCUCCAGAUAAUAAUAUUUCUCCAACGCAGAACUAUGUCGUCGUAAAUGAAAUUGUUUGA